UCACCUGUGUGUCCAGCGCAGGGAGAGCUGGGAAAUGUUCCGAGGGCUGGCCAAGGCCAGAGCGGCCCUGGGGCCCCGACAGGUCGGUCGGGUGCAGACCAUGGCCUCCCACCGGCUGCUUGUGCCUCCCCCCGAGGCCCUGCGCAGGCCCCUCUCCAUCCCUGACCGGCUCCUGCUGACCCCAGGCCCCUCCAACCUGGCCCCUCGAGUGCUAGAGGCCGGGGGAAUGCAGGCGAUCGGGCACAUGACCAAGGAGAUGUACCAGGUCAUGGAUGAGAUCAAGCAGGGCAUCCAGUAUGUGUUCCAGACCCAGAACCCCGUCACACUGGCUGUCAGCGGCUCGGGAAACUGUGCCCUGGAGGUGGCCCUCUUCAAUCUCCUGGAGCCUGGGGACUCCUUCCUGGUGGGCACCAACGGCAUAUGGGGGCAGCGGGCUCUGGAGAUCGGGGAGCGCAUCGGAGCCCGUGUGCAUCCCAUGGUCAAGGAGCCCGGAGGCCACUACACCCUGCAGGAGGUGGAAGAGGGCCUGACCCGGCACAAGCCAGUGCUGCUGUUCCUGACCCACAGUGAGUCGUCCACAGGUGUGAUGCAGCCCCUGGACGGCUAUGGGCAGCUCUGCCACAGGCACGAGUGCCUGCUCCUGGUGGAUUCUGUCGCAUCCCUGGGCGGGGUGCCCAUCUACAUGGACCAGCAAGGCAUCGACGUCCUGUAUUCGGGUUCCCAGAAGGUCCUGAACUGCCCUCCAGGGACCUCGCUCAUCUCCUUCAGCAGCAAGGCCAAGCAGAAGAUUGACGCUCGGAGGACAAAGCCCUUCUCCGUCCUCAUGGACCUCAAGUGUCUGGCCAACUUGUGGGGUUGUGACGACAAGCCCAGGGCGUACCAUCACACCACGCCGGUCAUCGGCUUGUACAGCCUGAGGGAGAGCCUGGCACUCCUGGUGGAGCAGGGCCUGGAGAGCAGCUGGCAGCGGCACCGUGAAGCCACCGCCUACCUGCACGGGCGCCUGCAGGAGCUGGGCCUGCAGCUCUUUGUGAGGGACCCGGCCAUCCGGCUGCCCACGGUCACUGCUGUGGUGGUGCCCGCUGGCUAUGACUGGAGAGACAUCGUGAGCUAUGUUCAAGACCACUUCAACAUUGAGAUCUCGGGCGGCCUCGGGCCCUCCAUGGGGAAGGUGCUGCGGAUCGGCCUGCUGGGCUGCAACGCCACCCGGAAGAACGUGGAUCUGGUGAUCRAGGCCCUCAAGGAGGCUCUUCAGCACUGCCCUCGGAACAAGCUGUGACCCACACCAAGCCCUAGCACCUGGAGGGGCUGGGCUGAGGCAGGAGCCCACGUACCACGCCAGUCACCAGGCCUGGGGACAGGACAGCUGCUGGCCCAGCCAGGCAAACAGUGGCCAGGAACAGGGAGACGGGACUUUCAAAGGAGCCGCCGUCCCCGCAGGCACUGACCUCUGGGAAUGAUCAAUAAAGCA